UAUAGCAAAGAAACAAGGGAGGACGAGACAAACUACUUCGGGAAACAAUAGAAGAACGCAGCGGAAACUGAACCAAGAUGUAACGAAGUUCCAAGAAGUUACUUUGGAUUUCAACAAGGAUUGGAUUGCUACCAUGAAGCUGAAUGAGCGUAGUGUCGCACAUUAUGCCACGUGUGACUCUCCAGCGGACCACACUGGUUUUCUGUGCAAGCGUGUGGAGCGCUACCACCACCACCACCACACCUCUUCCUACCACCGUCGCUGGUUCAUCCUCAAGGGCAACUUGCUCUUUUAUUUUGAAGACCGAGAGAGCCGUGACCCGCUAGGCCUCAUAGUGCUGGAGGGCUGCACUGUGGAGCUGUGCGAGGCUGCGGAAGAGUUUGCUUUUGCCAUUCGCUUUGAUGGCUCUGGUGGUAAGGCCUACGUGUUGGUUGCUGACUGCCAAGCUGUGAUGGAGGCUUGGGUGAAAGCCCUUUCACGGGCCAGCUUUGAUUAUAUGAGGCUUGUUGUGAAGGAACUAGAGAAACAACUAGAGGAGGCCCGGAAGAGUUUGGCAGCCUGUCGUAAAUUGCCAAAAAAGUCAUCGGCUGUCCGUAAAAGACACCUCUCUAAUCCUGUCAUGGUACCUGUCCAGGAGCAUCCUGCUGCCUUGGAGAAUGGUUGCUCCACAUGGGACAGUGGCUGUACUUUGGUAGGAGUCGCUUCUUUGGACCAUGAUGGGGGAUAUUUGAAACCCCCACCCUUACCUCCCCGUCGAAGAUUAGCAGGCAACAACAUGGGUGGAUCAUUUACACCCAGCCUUGCGUCUGCUGUACAGGAAAGUCCUGUGUCACCAGAGACAGUCUGUUUCUCAAAGUUACAUGACUGGUACGGCCAGGAGAUUGCAGAGGUGAGGAUGGAAUGGCUGGAGAGUCAGAAGAAGGGAGUAGUGUAAAUGUGGCAAGGACAGAAUGACCUCAACCCAGUUACUGGUCUAAACUAGGGUGGACCCAUGAAAACAAUUGCUGAAAGGUGUGAUCAAUACUUAUGUGAAUAACAUUAAUUCAAUGGUUCUACUCCAGUAACUAUUUUGACAGGGCAGAGUUUGGAAAAUGGAUAAGCUAAUUUUCCCAAAGUAUGUGUUGUUCUUUGUUUUCCCAGUCAACAAAACUGCCAAAAUAACUCCUAUGGGUUUCUUAAAUAAUACAUUGCAGAUUGUAUGUUCUAGAGAGAGCUUGGAAAUGCAACGUUUUGGACCACAACUCCCAGAAUUCCUUGGGCAGCAUGGCUGUAGUCUCUGGUGUCCAAGCUGUGGCUCUGCAUUAUUCAGUACUCCAUCUUCUUAGUCAUAAAGGCUACAGAAAUGACCACAAUAUUCUUAAAGCCUAAUUAUGCACCAUCUGAAACUGAGGCAGAAGGUAUGUUUCCAAACAGUUAUGAAGUACACAGAACCAUUAAUAUGAGGCCCAAAUAAUGCCCAGUUUCAAAAUACAGUAGUAGUUUCUUGACACAUGGAGAAAUCCAUAUAUAACUGUCCUUUGUCUUGUACCCUACAUUAUUAUUAAUGACAUUUGACUUAUUAUAGCAGUUAUAGCUUCUUCUGGAGGAGAGAAUGUCAAUUUCACAGGAUGGUAGUUAGAUACCUUUCUGUGCACACUAGAAUACUGUAAUAGUUUCUGUAACAAUUUGCAAAUAUUCAGAAACAUUCAUAGACAAUAUAGAUCACUGACAACAGCCUAGUAAAGUAGGCUAGCUUUAUUAUCUCCUUAGUGCAGAAAGAGAAAAAGCUGAGAAAAUGUAGCUUGCCUGGGUCUACCUGGUGAAUUCACAGCCAAAUUUAAAUUUGAUCUAGGAAUUUCUCUGCUAUACUCCUAGCUAUACCAUUAGCCUCCAAAAAAUGAGAAGUCAUCUGAUCCCCAAAAAAUGAGAAGUUAUCUGAUCCACUGACUUGUUUGCCAUGUUAUCUCACUCUUAUGUCUGAAGGAAGUGGAUUUUAUCUAUGAAAGCUCACAUUCACAUGCUCACAC